AUGGGAUUGCUGGCUGAGGUCGAAGCCCGUCAAGGCCCAGCCUGCUGGCCUGUUACCACCAAUUCAAACCGUGAUGGUUUUGCAGAUGGUCCUCGCCGGGAGCCUCCUCGAGGUCCCAGGGCGUUGAUUGAGCCACGGGGUCGUGGCUAUUCUGGAGACUACAGGGGAAGAGGUGGUCGUGGAAGAGGCCGUGGCUGGCCUGCGCGGGAUGAAAGUAGAGAACGCGGUCGGGACAGGGACAUUGAAUUCCGCGACCGCUUUCGCGACGAGAGGAGUAGAGAACGCGACCGAGAACGGGAUAGAGACCGGGAGAGAGAAUGGCGCGAUCCCUACCGCUCACGGCGCUCCCCCAUAGGCAGAGCACGCUCCCCGAUACGAGACUUUAUCCGCGAUCGAGACCGAGAUGGACCUCCAGGACCUGAUGCUGACAGACCGCGCCGCAACUCACGGGACGGUCCAUUGUCAGGAGGCUCGCCAAUAUCCGAGCCGCCUUUCGGACCCCCACCACUCCAACGUGGUGGGUCGUUUGUUCGCGGAAGGGGUGGUAGAGGUGGAAGAGGAGAUUGGAUGGGCGACCGGAACCGUGGACGAGCAUCAUUCGACGACCGUGGAGACCGUUACCCCAGAAGUCGAUCUCAGGAAGGUCGCUGGGGACGCGAGCGGGAUGAGCGAGAACGAGGCGAUAGGUAUCCUGAUGCGGACAUGCGCCCCAGAGAUCCUCGUGAUGAGCGAGACAGGCCCGUGGAUUUGUUCCGUCCGAAGCUAGAUGCCCGUGGGAACCCUCAGGACUCCGUUACUCCUAAACGGGAUGUAUCCCCUCCUCCUGUAGCACCGUCUGCUCCGGCCUUCGGGUCAGUGCCAAACCGCCCUCCAAGCAUUGGAGAAAGCCAGUUGAGCAUCGCAGGAACCGGCAAGCUUCCUCCAACGGCCCCGAGGGCGUUCGGUGAACAAAGACCAUCAGUUGGCCAGGAACCCCCUAUGGCCCCAACUGGACCCGCCAACAAGCCGCCCUUGCCCCAUGAAGGCCCAGCAAUUCCCUUAGGGCCCCGAGCACAACAGCAGAAGGUCCAGCGCCCGUCGAGCAAGCAAUGGAUUAACCCUAGUCUGAAGAAAGCUCCAGAUUCGCCUAAGCUCAUGAGGUCCCAGACCUUUACGCAACCACGAACUGGCCCUCCACGACGGGAGAGUAUGCCCUCAGACCAAGGUUUGCCGGACAGGAGGCCUCAAAGUAGUGAUUCGAAAGCCGCUUCUGACUUUGCUGACUCGGAAACUCGAAACCGAUCCCAUUACAGUGCAGAGCCCGGUGAAAUCAUGUCGAAAACUGACAACGAUUGGCACAUGGUGGCCGGAUCUGAUGAAUACAGACGCCUCUCGCUAUCGAUCAAGGGCGACGACACAAAGGACAAAGAGAACUACACUACAUCGCCCGGAGCUCGACAGAUGAAUGGCAUUUAUCCCAAGGACGAAGAAAGUCGACCGAAAGAGAGCAAUUUGAAGAAGCGAAAGCGACCCCAUCUCCGCGCUGUCCGGUUUGCCUUGCCGCCGAAACCUCAAGCCGCGCCAGAUCAAGAUUGGGAUUCUGAUGAUGACGAUGAGGACAUGAGCGACUAUUUUGCUAUGCAGAUCGAGAAAACCGAGGCUGUGUUGAGCACGUUACAAAAGCCAAUCCUUCCGAUGGAAGUAGUGGCGCAUUAUGCUGCAAUCUCCCACGGGGCUAUGGUCAAGAUAUUGAAUGAAGGGGACGACCUGGAAGGCUUAGUUGGGAAAGCACCGGAGGAGCUUCACAAGUCGAAAAAGAAGAUUGAGACUACACCGACACCCGCCAGCAGCAUCCCAGCACCGGAAGUUACCCUACCUAAAAAGGAAGUACUUGUUCGUCGAGAGGGUCCAGUGGCUCCUAAGGAAACCCUUCCUACCAAAGAGAGCGCAGCCGCCAAGGAGACUUUGAUCGUUAAGCCAACUACGAAAGAACUGAAAGAACCAGCCUCCAAAGAACCGAAAGAACCGCCCUCCAAGGAACCGCCCUCCAAGGAACCACCCUCCAAGGAACCACCCUCCAAAGAACCACUCUCCAAAGAACCGAAUGUGUCAGCUUCCAAAGAACCGAAAGUACCAAUUGUCAAGGAUUUAAAAGAGCCAGCCGUGAGCGAACCAAAAGAACCAGUAAUUCCCAAGGAACAGCCACCCGCCAAGGCAACCUCACUUGUGGUGGAAGAUGCAUUGGCCAAGGAUUCGGCCAAGAACCAGAAUGCAGAGCAAAAGGAGAAGGUAAUUUCUACAGAGGUUGAAAUGGCAGAGGAAGUCCCCGUGGUGAAGGAACCCUCAGCUCCGAAGCCCGUUCCGGAACCCGGCACGGACACGGCAAUGCAAUUAGAUGAUGCUAGCGAGAACAUGGCAGUGGAAGGCGAUAGCACUCUAAAGCCGGAGACUCAGGUCCUUCGAAUCGAGCCGAAAUCUGAGGAAAUGGAGAUUGACAGUGUUGAAGUCAAGGAACCACCACCUGCUCCAUCAGCCUCGGUACCUUCAACACCUCCGCCAGCCCCGGCUGUUCCUGAAGUAACGCCCGAACAGAGUGGUCCGAAGUCUCCUCUCCCAGCACCCGCCCAGAACGUUGACAACAAUGCUCCCGUGGAAUCUGCUGCCCCGUCUGCAGAAACCAUUCCAAGCGUUCUCAUGGAAAUUACAGCGACUGAAGUGAAAGUUCCUAGCACGCCAUCGCAGGUCGAGGACGAAGGCGACGACGAUGAAACAGAGUCUGAGGACGAGGCAUAUCUUGACCCUGCUGCGACGCGAAGGUACAACGUCACACCCCCGAUUGAUGGCCUUCCACAACCCACUGUGGGACCAUGGCACGAGGACAGCGAUUACCUUGCAUCACUCGAUGCAGAUACUGGAAUGGAAGAUUUCAUUCUUGGGCAUUUAGAGGAUAUGCAUAUUACCAAAACCAAAGAGACGACGCAGGGGCAACAAGCGUACGCCGAUAGCUACACCAAGUACCUCAAAUUCACGUUGUCGACUGAUCCUGUUGCUGCCAAGAGUCGUGACAAGUUUUCUGUCUCGGGGCCGUCAACCGAAGUUGUCGGGCUUGCAACUCCAGAGCCCAAGCCUGAAGGGAGAACUAGUGGUAGGCGUUUUGCUUCUGAGCGUGAUCUUGAGCGAGUCUUACAGGCGUCGAUGCGGGAAGAGGAUGAAAGAAGGGAACGUGAAUUAAGAGCCCAGAAAGAGAAGUAUCGUAGUGAAAAGGAGGCUGUGAUACCUGACAUGUACUGGGAUGCGGAAGACAAGGCUAGAGUUCAGUUCUACGACCGGUCAGGUUUCGUCAACCAAAGCGAGCUUGCGUCGGCAUGGCAUGUUCUUCCUCCAGUCAACAACUUCACCGAGCAAGAAGUUGAGCUCUUUGAGAAACGAUAUCUGGAGGUGCCAAAACAAUGGGGCAGAAUUGCCGAGACGAUUCCCCAUCGUGACUUCGGCACAUGCAUUCAGUAUUAUUAUCUCAUGAAGAAAGAGUUGAAGCUCAAGGAGAAGCUCAGGAGACAGCCUAAGAGGCGUAAGAAGGGCAGAGGGAAGCAAAGGUCAAGUGCCCUCGUAUCCGAACUUGGCAACGGCGAACCAGAGACGGAGGAGAACCACGAGAAUGGGGAGAACGGGGAGAGCAGACGCCGUCCUCGGCGAGCCGCAGCUCCUACUUGGGGCUUCGAACAGCCUCUCAACACAGAGUCGGAGAAUGGCACCCCUGUCAGCACUCCUGGCCGGCGUGGUGCUUCUGUCAAGGGGGAAGAAAAAGUCGAUGGUCGGAGAGGCAGAAGAUCAAAAGCAUCCAAGGACAAGGAGCCGAAGCAACCCAAAUCCAACCAAGCUCUGGCUGCUGCUCCAGCACCCGGGUCGACUGGCAGAUCACGCUCAAGGUCAGAUAACAAGGGGCACAGUAUGGAAUUUCAGGCAGGAACUCCUACUGAAGGUCGUGGCCCGCCCCCUCAAUUUGAGCAGCAACAGCAUCCGGGAGUCCAACAUGCUUUUUCUGUUCAGCAACCAAAGCAGGAGCCUCGACCCCAAACUAUGGAGCGCCAGCAGGCUUUGCCUACAGGUUCCUCAAUUACAGAUGUUAUCGCAGCUCCCUCUCUGCGCCCAGAACCCCCGCAACCACCUCCACAGCCGGCCAUGGCUACAUUCAACCUGACACAGUCUCAACAAGAGCGUAAGGCUCCGACACAAGCGUCAAGCUAUUGGAGUGUAUCCGAAUCCAACGACUUCCCACUUCUACUUAGAGCAUUCGGGUCUGAUUGGGCAGCUAUUGCUGCUCAUAUGGGAUCCAAGACGGCAGUUAUGGUCAAGAACUAUUUCGUCCGACAAAAGGAUCACGGGAAACCCGAAUGGGAGCAGCUCAUGCGUGAAGCAGACGCAAAACGAGAACGCGGCGAGAAGCGGCCCGAGCCGCCACUGCCAACCAGUGGCGGCCGCGGCCGACGAUACGAGAGCUCCGGAAGUACGAGCGCAUCUCGACCACUUGUCCCUGCACCUGGCAAUGUGGAUUUGAUGCCGGAGGCAGCCCAACCCAAGACCGAAGCGAGUGUGCAGCCCAGCAGACCACCAACUUUUCCUGCGUUUGGAUACCCAAUCAACGGCACACCGCAGGAACAGGCCCAGGCUCGAGCCCAUGCACAGGCCCAGGCUCAUGCUCAAAUCCAAGCUCAAGCCCAAGCUCAGGCUCAGGCCCAGGCCCAGGCACAAGCUGUACCAGCAGGUGGUCAACAACCACUGCAAAUACAGCAGCAACCAGCAGUUUCUCAGCCACCACCCCCAGUCAUGUCUCCUGGUGCUCGAUCUCUGAGAGCGCCCCCUCUUCCAUUCUCGUUUCAUGACCGAGAUAGGGAGCAACCUCAACGUGUUGCAUUGCCAGGGGCAAAACAACCCAUCCCUCCACAGGAUGUUCGAGAGCAACUUCGAGAGCAACGACAUGUUCCUUCCGCACAACAUAUGCAGCCACCACAGCCUGAACUGGGCCCCGAGAGGCAGCAAAUGGAGUUACAGCAGCGAGAGCUGGAGCGCGAACGCGAACGUGAACGCGAGCGUGAUAGGAUAGAGCGGGAGAGGGAGAGGGAAAUGGUUCGGCAACAAGACCGCCGACCGAUGAGAAUCAAACCGGAAGCAGACCCCCUCUCCCCACGCCAAUACGAGCCGUUUGGUCAUCGUCCGCCAACGCUUCCUUCAAGAAAUGAUCCGCUAGCUCUGCCCCGUCAUACGCAAGAGGUUCCCAGGCACGAGCCGCCCAGGCAUGAACAACCCAGACAUGAACAACCCAGACAUGAGCAGCCUAGACACGAACCACUUAGACAUGAGCCACUCAGGCACGAGCCACUCAGACAUGAAUCACCCAGGCAUGGGAUUCCUUCAGCUUAUGCACCCUUGCAGGCUGGAUCACAGCCAGUGCGAAGCAUCUUAAGUGAUGCCCCUCCAGCUCAGUCUUCACCUCCACCCUUAGCCCCUCCUGGUUCUAGGCCGCCUUCUGUGCUCCAGCAGAGAAUGCCAGCUGGCCCUGGCCAAGAUGUAUAUGGCUCAGCUCCAGCGCAGUCUGCACCACCAACACCGGCUGCCGCACCUCCUAGACCUCCAGAGCCUCGCAAGGCAUCCAGCAUUAUGUCGCUAUUGAACGAUGACCCCCCGCCGCCCAAGCGCAUGAGCGACGUUUCCGGCCAGUCUUCCAGGCCCUCGCCAACCCCUCCGCCCCAGACAUUGGGGCGACCUUCGCCAAGAGAAGCUCCUCAACCGGCACCCUUACGCCGAGAAGAACCUCCGUACUCUCCUUAUGGCAGGCCGCAACCUGGACCAGCAUCUGCUAUGCCGCCUCUCAAGCCUACUUACGCGGCUUCGUCUCAACCACAAGCCUCAGGUGGCCCCCGUUCUGCGCUGGGCUUAGGCUCUGAGUCUCCAGCCUUGAGAGAUCAAGAUUACUAUCGACAGCACGCAUACCAAGCUGGCCACCAGCCCAGCGCAAGCAACUCUCCUCAGCAUCAGCAUCGCUUUCAACCUUCAGGGCAGCCCCAAAUGGGAUACCAGGGUCAAGGCUAUCCUACAUCGUAUGGGUCAGCACCACCACCACAUGCGUCUUCUCCACCCCCUCAGUAUGGGGUACAUAACUCAGCCUCGAGGGGAAGAGAGGUACCCCAAGGUGCCCGAGACUCAUGGUCACCAGCUAGUCAUCAGCCCCCUCCAUCCAACUGGGCAACUCAAGGCCCAAAGAGCAGCCAACCACCUCCGCCCCAGCAGUCAUGGGCUCCUCAACACCCUGGCUCCUCAGGAGUCAAUGGACCGACAAGCUCUUGGGCUACAGCUCCCCCCCCUCAGCAGGCGCAUCACUCUACCGGUUUGAGAGACGAGCGCGGAUCGCCAAUGUACGCGUCCAGUGGGGUACCUCAACAACAACAUCAAAUGCAGGGCCGUUACGCUCCACCCUCUUCCUCCAGAGGACCAGACCCGGGCCCACCGUCAUCGCAGUCUUAUCCACGGUACGCAUCGACUCCAGGCCCAGGACCCGGACCUCAACCGCCUCGAGAACUUCCCCCGCGAAGCUAUACACCAUCUCCCUACGAUGGCCGCGGACCUCCGCCCUCACAAGGCCCUGGAGGGUAUUCUGGGCCAGACCCGCGGGAUUUACAACUCCGAGAUUCUCAGCACCGAGAUCCUCGAGAGCUGAGAGACCCUCGAGAGUUGAGAGACCCUCGCGAGUUGAGAGACCCCAGAGACCUGAGAGACCCCCGAGACCUCAGAGACCUGAGAGAUCCCCGAGAGCUUAGAGACCCCCGAGAGCUUAGAGACCCCCGAGAGCUACGAGACCCUCGGGAUGUGGCGCAUGGUCUUCGACCUCACGAGUACGACCGACGGAUGGAUCAGUAUGGAAGGUGA